AUGGCCUUCACAGGCCUGCUGGACGCCCUGGGUGGCAUGGGUGGCUUCCAGCUGGUCUACACGGCCCUGCUGCUGCUGCCCUGCAGCCUGCUGGCCUGCCACAUGAACUUCACGGCCGCCGUGCCCCGCCACUACUGCCAAAGGCCCGCCAACCACACUGUGGCCACUGUCAAUGGCUCGUGGGCCUGGCUGAGGGCCACCGUACCCCUGGACCUGCUUGGGGCCCCCGAGCCAUGCCGGCACUUCACGCAGCCUCAGUGGGCCCUCCUGGGCCCCAACACCUCCGUCCACGGGGCGGCCACCAAGGGCCGCAAGGAUGACUCGGUCUAUGACCGCAGUGUUUUCCCGUCCACCAUCGUGAUGGAGUGGGAUCUGGUGUGUGAGGCCCGCGCCCUCCGAGACCUGGCUCAGUCCGUCUACGUGGCCGGGGUGCUGGUGGGCGCCGUGGUGUUUGGCAGCCUUGCAGACAGGCUGGGCCACAAGGCCCCCCUGGUCUGGUCGUACCUGCAGCUGGCAGUUUCGGGGGCAGCCACAGCGUACUUCUGCUCCUUCGGUGCCUACUGCUUCUUCCGGUUCCUGAUGGGCAUGACCUUCUCUGGCAUCAUCUUUUUGAUCCCUCCGGCUGCCAUGCGGCUCAAGGACAGGAGCAAGAAGGCUGGUCCCGAGGCUCCUCCGGUCACCUGGUGA